AUGUCCUCAGCGCGCCUGAAGUACCGCAUCGUGAAGUGCACUUCCGAGGACCCCGAGUUCCCGGGCUCCGAGCUGCUGUCGCACUCGUCCCAGACCAAGGGCUGGCAGAGUGCCCGCUUCUGCGACUUCCCGCAGGAGAUCGGGCUGCAGUUCGAGACGCCUGUGCACUUGCGGCAGGUUGGAUACGGCAAGAUCUUCACCAGGGUAGCUGGCAUCAAUUGA